GUUCUCAAGGAUACAUUUUCAUCAACGAAACUUCGCUUACCAAACAAACCAUUAGAGGAGACCAGCCUUCCCUAUCCGCUUGCCUCGGAUGUGUCCAUGGAGGAUUAUAACAUUUUUAUCGAAAAAAUAGAGACAAAUGGAUAUAAAUUUAGAUAUUACAACGGCACUGUGUAUAUAGUUGAGAUGUGUAAAAAUGAUCAUGAAGCUGUUAUUGAUGGGCUGCGUGGGUAUUUCGCUGCUCACCGCCAUACUUAUACUCUUUCUAAUGCUCCAAUACAAAUUCGUGGUUCGCCGUCUCAUGGAUCGCCAGCUGGAGAUGGUAGUCUCAUUUUACCAGAUAUCGCUGUCUUUCCACAUAGAACCUAUGUUCCGAGACCUCCAGUUCCCCACCCUGGUCCGCCACCCAGCGAUACAAGUGCUACACUCUGGCGGCAAGGUGUUCCAAGACAAAAG